AUGGGAGCCGUCGAUCUUCAGCUGCCACCUGGCUUCCGAUUCCACCCUACCGACGACGAGCUGGUGAUGCAUUACCUCUGCCGGAAAUGUGCUUCCCUGUCGAUCGCCGUUCCGAUUAUCGCCGAAAUCGACCUCUACAAAUACGACCCAUGGGAGCUUCCUGGCCUGGCGCUGUACGGGGAGAAGGAGUGGUACUUCUUCUCGCCGAGGGACCGGAAGUACCCGAACGGGUCGAGGCCCAACCGGGCAGCGGGCCACGGGUAUUGGAAGGCAACUGGGGCCGAUAAGCCCAUUGGACACCCAAAGCCCGUUGGAAUCAAGAAGGCUCUGGUUUUCUAUUCUGGAAAGGCCCCUAAAGGGGAGAAGACCAACUGGAUCAUGCACGAGUAUCGCCUUGCUGACGUGGACCGCUCGGCCCGCAAGAAGAACAACAGCCUUCGGCUGGACGACUGGGUGCUGUGUCGCAUCUACAACAAGAAGGGGGUGAUCGAGCCGCCGGCGGAGCCGAACGCGAGCAGCCACGACGUGGGGAGCGGGCUGACGUCGGAGGAGGACACGAAGCCCGUCAUCCUGACACCGGUGCCGGAGACGAGGCCGAUGGUGUACGAGGACUUCGUGUACUUCGGUGGGUAUUGA